CCAAUCUGGCAGCAGUAGCAUGGCUAUGGCAAUAGUAGUUGCACGUUUUGUUGCUGUUGUGUCCCUUCUUCUUUUUCUUCUUGAGGCUUUGUUGGUACGUUGUUAGUACGUACAUCAAGGAUUUCGAAGCCUCCAAAACCUCUGUGUCAUUGGCGUUCUUUAGCUUGGCGCUCCCAUUGAAUGCAGGAACCGACCGACCUCACAGGGUGGUCUGGCCAAAGAGAGCGGAACAACUGUACCCUGAAUUGAAUCGCUUUUGGUCUGUUGAGCUACAGAAGGCGCCAAGGCGCCAAGGCGGCAGCGGGCAUGUUGGUGGUGUUAGUGGUGAGAUUGGUGGCGGCUGGUCUUGGGCUCUGGGUCCUCAUGCCACCGCCUGUGAGGUCAUUCACGGAGACGAGUUCGGAUCUUCUUGGGCGGAGAAGACCUUUUUCCAUCGAGGAGAGGAAGGAGACUCGGUGUUGUUCUCAUUUGUGACCGGAUUUCUCUCCAUGAGACACAGACAGUGGCAGUAUAAGCCUUUCAACUAAUACCCGUGGCCACAUAAACUUAAAUUGGUUUGGAAAUAAAACGAACAAUGGCUUGUGUGCUAUUAGAGCCAACAAAAGUGCUUCUUUGACCAUUGCAAGAGUGGUAUGGCAACUGUGGAUGCUCUCUGUACAUAGCAUAUGACAGUGGGAUCUUGAGCAGGAACAACCCCCGUGGCCCAAUAGAACCCCCAAAGAGCUGGAUGAGGUUAGUGUGGUAACUAACGGCAAUCAACGCCAUUGAAGAUCUGUGACCCAACGGAUCAUCAACGCAUGAUUUACAUCAUCCAAUUCUUCCUGAGAUGAAAACGUUGACCCACUUAUUGUCCUCGUUCGAUGUUCAGUUUGGUAAUUUUCCCGCACUCGACGUUUGGUUGUUGGAUUGCAUCAGCAAAAGAUGAAAGCGCAAAACGUCUCAUGUAAUACUCAAGCCGUCUUCUUCGUAUUGUGACGCCACAGCAGCUGUACAUAGUCGAAUUCCUAAGUUAGAGCUCAGAGGGUUGGAGAUCCGUUCCAGUGUACUCACGUCAAUCAAGAGUGGUUAUUAAUCCUUAAUCCACCCUACAUAGAAGAGAAGGGAAAAUGGGCCGACGAAGCUCCCAACAUGUUGUUGUUGUUGGUGUUCCAUGGCUUGGGCAGAAUCGGAAAUGGGUUGGCAUUGCUUUGAUUAUAUCAGGUCUACUCCCACUAACAGCAACAGGCGGUCCCUCAGCCAAUAUUGUGGGACUUCCCUUGGGACCCGGGCUGAGAAUGGACCCUUAUUUUGUGGAAGAAGAUAAUCUGGGCCCUCCCGAAUUGUCGAGUUCAGGGACCUUCCCAACUCUCAUGAGGAACAUUUCCGUCAACGCCGGCCAAACCGCUUUUCUGGAGUGCCAGGUUCGCAAUCUCGGUGCCAAGAGGGUUCUUUGGGUACGACAUCGAGAUGUUCAUAUUCUGUCUGUGGGUCCAAACACAUUUACCAACGAUCCACGUUUUUAUUCUCGGGUCUAUGAUGACGAAGGGAUCUUCAUCCUCGAGAUAAGAAAGACUGUCAAGUUAGAUGAAGGACCUUACGAGUGCCAAAUCUCUACCAAGCCCACCAAAACAUUUCUAGUCAAUCUACAUGUCACGGUACCUUCCAUCCGAAUAUCAGGCGAGAGUUCCAUCCGUCACUUGGAACAACAUAGCUCACUCAAUCUCACUUGUACAUUCACCACGGAAGAAUCGGCCACCAAUCCUCAAGAGACAAACCACCAGGUCACUUGGUUCAAAAACGGCCAGAUGAUCUCUCACCCAGGAAAGCGGUUGACCAUUUUCACCAAGGACCAAUCCGAGCUUUCUUCUUACACUUUGGUGAGCCACUUCGUGAUUGAUGGGGUCACCUUGGAAGACUCGGGAAGCUACCACUGUGAGUCCAUGGCCUCAAGAAGUGAUCCGGUCCGAGUUCAUGUCCUCGUGGAUGGCGAGAGCCCAAAUGCAUGGAAAACCAAUGGUGCCAUUGCCGCUCUCACUACCACAUUGACGACGAGAUAUCAUGAUUGUACCACGUGGAUUUUACCAAUCUGGCUGAUCCUGGUCCACAAAGUACCCGAAUGUCUGUGGAUCUAAGGACAGUACCACUUAGCACCAGUUGUGAGCCUUUGGCUGGAGAACGGUGGAUCAUGUACGAUGUUCCUUGUGGUUGAACUGGACUGUGUACGGUGGGAGCAACCCAAAGAGAGAAGACUGAGCCUCGAUUUCAACCCAAAAUCCCAGGCUCAAUAUUUCAUAUCAUUUUGGUACUCAUCUUUCCACGCUCCUCUCGUCCAAAUCUGGUUUGGUAUGCAUCAACAGCGGCGAAAUUUGUGGGGCAUGAACAGAUUGAAGAAAAAACCGGAUUGAAAAAUCAGCCCAAUCUAUCCGGGCUUUAAAAGGCUUGACCAUCGUUCACCACAAAGAUAAAAUGCCAGAGAGAAAAUGUGAAGUAUUCUUGACCAGUGCGCCUGCCAUGAAUAGGGCCGAAAAUGGUUUGUUCGAACUGUUGACAAAUAUGGGACUCUUUGAAAUAUAGGAUGGAUUCAAACAUCGUUUUCUGUUGCAGA